AUGUCUCGUGUAUUCCUCAAUGGAACCAUCCACCUGACGUUCUCCAAUCUUUUGUCUCUUGAAACAAUCGUUUUGUGUGGCAACAACAUCAGUAGCACCAUCCCACUGGUCCUCAUGCAGUUGUCGUCGCUCCGCCUCCUUGACAUUUGUGACAAUGUGCUGCAGGGCAGCGUGCCCAAGUUCAUCCAGUGGCCUAGAGGCGCGCUCGGCUGGGGCGUGAAAUCGGCCGACCCUUGCGACGGCUCGUGGGUGGGCGUGAGCUUCGACGAUGCCCGCCGCGUCGCCUCCAUCCGCGCCAGCCGCGCCGGUCUGGCCGGCUGGCUCUACGCGUCCGACCUCAGCAAGCUUACCUUCCUGACCGAGCUCGACCUCGGCUUCAACGGUCUCACCGAGCAAACCGGCGGCGACCUCCCCCUCCUCCCGACGCCGCUGCAGCACCUCCGCACCCUCGACCUCCGAUCCAACCGCUUCCUCGGCGUCCCCGAAGGCUUCUUCGCCGCCUUCCCCGCCCUCGAGACGAUAAACCUCGACGACAACCCCACGGUAGGCCCGAGAUUCCGGCCGGACGACGUGCUAACCUGCUCCGGCCUACAGAGCUUCUCGGCCAACAACAUCAGCCUGUCGCUGUUCCCGGACUACCUCGGCAGCGCCGCCGCGUUCCCGGCCCUAGAGAGCCUGUCGCUCGCGAGGAAUGAGCUCCACGGGGCCAUACCAGCCGGCUUCGGGAACGACGGCAACAUAGUUCCUCGACGUUGUGGUUGA